UUAAGUCUCGAUGCCGAAGAGCUAAUGCAACUUAAUCUAUGGCUGUGAGAUAAUACGACGGUCCAACUUCAGCUUCAACUCCUCGGUGCAGAAAGUUCAAUCGACGACACAACAUGAGCAGCAGCAGCAGUGGCAUCAGCAGCUUCUGGUGGGUGAAAAGAUUGCCAUGGUUGAUAAAAAAUGAAGCAUCUUAUGAGGCGGUGUCGGAUUUGGAGGGGAGAACGAAUAAGAGGAGCAUCGUAGGCGUGCGAGGAGUCAUCGCUGGGUUUGUCGUGCUAGUUUGCCUCGUCGGUUUCAUCUCGACUCGGUGGAUCGAUGGAACAAUGCCCUCCUCCAUGGUGAACUCAAUCCCACACCCCCAUCAUCCGCCCUACCAAUCCAAACCCUUCAAAUUAGCCUGCCCUAAUCAAACCAGCCCAUCACUAUCAUCCAACCUUUGCCGGACGACGACGAUAGCAUCACCGCCAUCUCCAGCUCCCUCUCCUUAUAAUGAUCCCUUGAUCACGUCCUCCUCUCCUUCUUGCCCAUCUUACUUUCGAUGGAUUCAUGAAGACCUAAAGCCCUGGGCAUCGACUGGGAUCACGCGUGACAUGGUGGAACGUGCCCAACCGAUGGCCGCAUUUCGACUGCUAGUCAUCGGCGGCCGGCUGUACGUGGAGCAGUACCAUCGCGUUUUCCAGACACGCGACCUCUUCACCUUAUGGGGCUUCGUCCAGCUCGCCAACCGCUUCCCCGGUCGUCUCCCGGACCUCGACCUCAUGUUCAAUUGUGAGGACCCGCCCACCGUCAAGAACUCCCCCUCACCCCCGCCUCUCUUCCGCUAUUGCAAGGAUGACACCACCGUCGACAUCCUCUUCCCCGACUGGUCCUUCUGGGGCUGGGCUGAGAUCAAUAUAAAGCCGUGGAAGGAAUUGAGUGAGGAAAUGAAGGACGCGAACAAGAGAGUGAAGUGGAAAAAGAGACGUCCAUAUGCAUAUUGGAAGGGCAAUGAAGGGGUGUCUCGCCAUCGACAAGACCUCAUGAGGUGUAACCCUAGCCAUGGUCAUGACUGGAAUGCGCGAGUUCAUAAUCAGGAUUGGGAGUCAGAGAUCAAGAACGGGUUUAAGGAGUCAAACCUCGCUGAACAAUGCACCUAUAGGUACAAGAUUUUUGUGGAGGGGAGAUCAUGGUCAGUGAGUGAGAAAUACACUUUGGCCUGCGACUCGCCCAACUUAUUCGUGACGACCCACUUCUAUGACUUCAUGACGAGGAGCUUGAUGCCCGGACAACACUUUUGGCCUAUCAAUGAAAAUACCAUAUGCAGGUCCAUUAAAUUUGCAGUCGAUUGGGGCAACAAAAACCAGGACAAGGCACAAAAGAUAGGAAAGAAAGGAAGUGGCUUCAUUUUGGAGGAAGUGAGCAUGGAUUAUGUAUACCAAUACAUGUUACAUCUACUCACUGAAUACGCCAAGUUGUUGCGUUACAAGCCGAGUUUGCCGGAGAAGGCCACUGAAUUGUGUAUGGAAUCGAUGGCCUGUGACCAGGGAGGGAAGGUGAGGGAGUUCCUGAUGGAGUCGAUGGUGAGCUGGGCUAGCAAUACAGAGCCGUGCACGUUGCCUCCGCCCUACGGCGCAGAAGAGUUGGAAGAGUUGAGGUCGAAGAAGAAUGCCGCUAUAAAGGAAGUGGAGAAAUGGGAGAAAGAAGCCUGGGACAAAGGACAUUAAUUAUCCAAUUGAUCCUCCUACUUAAUUUGAUCACUUGCAUUAUGUAAAGAAAAUGGAAGAUUUUCCUCUAGGAUUCAAAUUUUCCUCUUGGGUUAUAGUGCUAACUCAAGAUAAAAAAUUUUAGAUGUUCACGGGAUAUAUUAUAUGUAUUUAGCAUUUAAGAUUUUAGGAUUUAGGGGUUGAGUUAUAGUGAAUUUAAGCUAAUAAGAUUUUUCCUCUAUAGUUCAAGUUUCCCUCUUGGGUUAUAAUAUUCA